AUGUUAAAAACUUGUCCGGAUCCUGUGGACGUGCAAGACAUCCAAUUUAAAUUACAUUGCAGUCUGAAAAUUUUUGAUAAUAAUGAGUUAGCUACAUUUUCGAACAAUCACAGUUUAGUAUCUGCUGCAAGUCGAUAUGGACUGUUGUUUGUUGGAUCAAAUUCAAACUUUUUAAGAGUAAUUCAGUUAAAAACUGUAGAAAACUACAACCCCAAAGAUAAGGAAAUUUCAAAUUUCCCAAGAAGAAAUGUCCCUCUACCUUCUGUACCCAAACAUGUGUGCGUUAACUGUGACGGCACUCUUCUGGCCAUCGUCGUUGAAAAAGAUAAUUGCCCUACUGUUAUAUUUUAUGAUGUAUUAUCGUUUUACAAGCAAAACAUUAAUGUUAUUAACGAAGUAAGGCUCUCAGCCUCUCCAGGUAUAUAUGCUACUGAAGUAAAUUGGAAUCCUGCUUUACCCAACAUAUUUACUGCUUGUAAAAGUGAUAGGAGUCUUGGAAUCUACGAAAUUAAAGGCAAUUCUGUGGAUAUCAACGAACUUCCUCAAGCUGCCGAAAGUACGAGCUUUUGCUGGAGUCCAAAAGGCAAACAAAUAGCAGUCGGUUCUAAAAACGGCAAUAUUACUCAAUACAAACCAGAUUUAAAAGCCGUCAAAGUUAUAAACGGCCCGACCUUCGAAACUCCGCAUUCGCUUAUAUCACUAUGUUGGGUUUCAAACUACCAGUUUAUUGGAAUUUAUCAAGCCAUCGAAGACGGACAAGCCAAGUUGGUGGUUAUAGAUGCCCCUAAAACCGGAGAGACGAGUUAUACCAAUUAUGAUGAUGUUUGUUAUAGUGGGGCAAGUAGGAAUCCACAGUUUUAUUUGAUAUUAUUGCAGCAUUGGAAUAUGCUCAUGAUAGCAUCAUCAAACAGUAUGGAACUAGGUUUACUAGGAGGCGCCUCCGAAAUUUGGACCCAAUGGAACGUUCCUGAUUUCGCCAGAGCCGAACUACCCCUUAGCGCCGACAAGCAGGAUACUCUUCCUGUUGGUAUGGCUAUGGAUACCAGCAGCACUAAACCUUUGCCAUGGGGUGAGGGGACCAUAGCGCCUUGUCCUUACUUAUUGUUGUUAUCGCAUCAAGGCGUUUUGUAUUUCUUUAAUAUUGUUAACUUGAGGCAGGGAAUGCCUUCCAUUUGUUGUCCCCCUGAUAGUAUCAACGAUAUGAGCGGAAUAGGACAGUUCAUAGUGGAAACUAAGGAGGCAGUAACAAAAAGUACACCACAACAACAACCUCAAUCUACUUUCUCUUUCGGGGCUCCCCAAUCUCCUAUUCAGACUAAUCAACCGACAUUGAUACAACCAACACCACAACCGACUCAACCAUUUCAAACACAAUCGGCUUUCAGUUUUGCCAAACCUAUUCCUACCCAACAACCUCUUCCAUCUUUCGGCGUUGCUCCAUCCUCUGCACCGCCCGCUAGUUCAUUAUUUGGUAAACCGAUUGACAGCAAACCCUUCUUUGGUUCGCAAGUGACCAUAACACCUGUUGUCAAACCCCAACCUCAAUCUCAAACCCCAACCGAAAUUUCUUCUUCUGCUUCGCUUUUUGGAAAUGCUUCUUUGAGUUUGACUCCUGUCAGUAAACCAACAAGUACUAGUACUGGCGGCGGCGAGAAGUACUCAUCGAUUUACGCCGCUUUAAAGACACCUAGCGCUUUACCUGCACCUACACCUGAUAUGAAACCAAUCAUCAUAAGCGCUAAACCUGAAGCUCCAUUCAACAGACCUACUACAGAAUCUGUAGCAAUACCAGAAACGCCAAAAAGCGCCAUUUCCGAAACGCCUAGAAGCAAUGUUGACGUUAAAGUUGCUGUAGAAGAAAAAGUUAAAUUAGAAACUGAGGCAUUGCUAGCUAAAAUGGUGAGAGAAGAAUGUCUGGCAUUGGAAUCUGAAUUGAAAGCUCUGUUGCAUCAAGGAAGGCGGAUAAACAUUAAUAUAGGCAGCGAGGAAGAAAAAAUCAAGAUGGUGAAAGAUCUACACAAUUUGAGAGAUUUCAUUAAGGAGAUCGUGGACGUUAGUUUGGGCGAAAGUGCAGAGAUUCACUCCCUUAAGCAAAAUCUAAUUUUGUCGUGGGCUUGGUUUGAGGAAGCACUGUCUAGAUAUAAUACCUCCAAAGAUGAAACCAUGACUAUGUUACUAAAGAGUCAACCGUUAGAUUCGGCCGCCGAAAAGCGCCAAACUGACAUAAGAAAAAUGAUAUAUUAUUUGGAAUCUCAAUUGUAUCAGGCCAGCAAGGCUUUAGAUGAACAGUGGGACAAAUUUCAGGAUUAUGCCAAAAAAACAUACAAAGUUCAGAUGCCAACUAUGGAAACCAUUUUUCAAUCUAUGGUUUUGGAAAAUGCUCUUUUGAACAAACAGAGUUACAUUAUAGACUACCUAGGUAGCCGAUUGAAACAAAAGAACACAUCUUCAACUAAUCCAUCGUUGUUCCUGUCUCUGAACAAUUCCGAUAAAUUGGAAGAAAGUCUGUCACGUCUUCAACUAGACCCUGAUGACGGACACCGCAUCUUCUACGAACAAGCACUGGAACGCAGCAAGACUCUAUCGUUAUCUAAAAGAAACAAGCUAAGAAAUCUGUUGAAAUCUCACGAAGUUUCCCAUGUGACGGCUGCCAAACCGCAACUGAACGCUUCAAUAUCAUUGAUCAGAUCUCCUAUCGCAAAAAACAAACACAUUGUUUCAAUACUUGGCGCGCAUAUGUCCCCCGUCCCCAAGCCCUCGUUCGCCAAACACCUGCAAUUCUCUGAAUCCACUCCUGUGAAAUUCGUGCAAGAUUUCAAACCCACUUCUGUACCUCCAAACACGCCUGCACUACCGGAUCCGUCUAGAACGUUCACAUUCAAAGGAAUCGAGAAAAGCAAUAUUGUCGCGCCUCCUAUAUCUAUACCUAUACCAAAGAAUGCUGCUCUGUUGAGCCAAAAUCAAUCAUCAAAUUCGUCUGCUUUCGUUCCUACAACGCCGACUUCUAAAACUUUUUUAAUACCGCAAGCUCCUGCUGCUUCUACAACUCUAUCUUUCAACUUUUCUUCGAAGCAAGAAUCUAAUGUUAUUACUAAUGCGUCCCAACUCAACUUUGGUAGCGCUAUCAGCAUUACUCCGAUAGCUAAAAGGCCGGAGACCGUGUCUGGUGUUAGUACCACCAAAGCUACUUUUAAUUUUGCCUCUGCCGCAAAUCCGCCGGCUAAAACAGACACCGGUUCGACUACACCGGCCAUUGUUACUCCUCUAGCCUCUAAGCCAAUAUUCGCCGGUGGUAGUUUACCUUCUUUUGGAGACGAUGCUACACAAAACCUGUUUUCAUUUGGAAAAACACCUUCAGCUUCAGCUGUAAAAUCGACACCUUUUAAUACCAGUUCUACCCCCCAAAGCACAUUUUCGUUUGGAAAAUCCACCGCUACUACUAUUUCACUAGCUGAUAGUACCGUGAAAGUUUCAAGCACCAAAACCGCAACAGUUACACCAAUCAGUACAAAACCAGUAUCCUUCGUUACUCCAACGUUUUCCGAAACGAAUACAACCUUACCAAAGACGGCCGUUACUAUUACUUCAGCUACAACGGCUUCAAAACCGAUUAGUUUCGGUUCUACAGCAACUAGUUCUACCGCCAAAUCUUUAGAUUUCGCAUCGACGGCGAGUACUGUCAGCAAAGUAACUUCGCCAGUUUCUACUAACAGUUUUAGCUUCAGCUUCGGAGCAGGUUUAACUACUACUAAUUCGUUGUUUAGUGGUGCCACAACAACAACCACUACAUCUCUUUUUGGAUCUAUUACAACGCCUUCUGUUGUCUCGUCCAUAUUCGGAGCUAAACCCAUUACAUCGGCAGAUAGUGCCACGCAAUUUUCUCUUGAGAAUACAACUAAGAGUAUCAGUUCAUCUGUGGCUGUAUCAUCGACCGUAAAAAGUACUGUCCCCACUUCACUACCUUCUACUAAAUCUAUAUUUACUGUUGUUACGUCUGCUUCACCAUUAGUUUCUUCCGAUGCUUCCAGUACUGCAACAUCUAGUACUCCAUCUAUAGUCAGUUCUGGUACACCUGAAGUGAGCACAGCUCCUGUAAGCAGUACUACUUCAAUUGCGCCUCCAAUAAGUAGUACGACAUCUAUAUUUACUUCUGGAACGCCCCCAGUAAGCGAUAUGCCAACCAUAUUUAGUUCUCCGUCAGUAAGCAGUACCAAACCUCUUUUUGUUACUAGUUUACCAAGUUCCACUUCAUCUAUAUUUUCUUCGCCUGCAACCGUUACCACUUCAAAUACUACAUCAAUAUUUGGUGCUAGCACUACAACUACACCAUCUGCAUUUUCAGGUUCUUCAAAACCUAGUGAUUCUAUUUUUGCUGCCGGUGCGGCUGCUGUAAGUAGUCCUGGUAGUAUUUUCGGAGGAACCGGUGCAGUUACUAAAACAGGUGUUGGUUCUUCAUCGCCAGUAAGUAGUAGUACUACCCAGGAUAAUAAAAUUUCUAUUUUUGGUCAACCUACUUUUGGCUCGGAUCCUACUUCCACCUCUUCUAUUUUUGCUAGUAGUACUGCUACUACGCAACCAGCUCUUUUUAGUAGCCCUGCAACAACUACACAAACCUCUAUUUUUAGUAACCCUGUAGCUACAACUCAAUCGUCUAUAUUUAGUACUCCUACAACUAGUACGCAGUCUAUUUUUGGAUCUAAUGCUCCUGCUUCUGUUUUUGGUACUCCUGCAACAACGUCAAUUUUUGGCAGUAGUACUGCUAGCACACCUCCUGUAUUUGGUGGUACCACAACAGCUACAGAAGCUCCAAUUUUUGGUACAAAUACAACUAGUGCAGCUCCUAUUUUCGGUGGUACAUCUACUACACAAUCUUCAAUAUUUGGUGCACCACCUUCAACAACUGGUUCAAUAUUUGGUGGUACUCCAACAACGCAAACGUCUAUAUUCGGCUCUGCAAGUCCUACCACCACUCAAGGAUCCGUAUUUGGAUCUCCACCCUCUCAAACCACCUCUAAUUCAGUAUUUGGUGGUGCAAAUACUACAUCUGCUUUUGGUUCAGGUUUUAGCCAAACGGGUUCGAUAUUUGGUGCAAAAACAACAACUAGUACUUUUGGUAGUCCAAGUACGUUUGGUACUCCUCAAACGACUGCUUUUAGUCAAUCGGCACCGUUUGGAACUAAUACCGGUUCAAUUUUUGGUGCCCCAACAACUUCUAGUAGCGUUUUUGGUUCGGGUGGCGGUACUUUUGGUGCCGUGAGUUCUUCUGGUAACGUUUUCGGUUCUUCCGGGGAAAGUUCGUCAUUCAGUUUCGCUUCGGCUGCAAAUUCUGCCGGUUCCCUAGGUUUUGGUGAUUUAAAUGUUGGUGGCAGUUCUCCUGUAUCUGGUGGUAGCAUCUUCGGUGGUAGCCCUACUUUCGGACAAACACCUCCGAAUCCCUUUGGUAGAGCUGCGGAACAAAAACCGGCUUUCGGUGAUGGUUCCAACGCGUUCGGUACUCCUUCUACCACUGGGUCGAUAUUUGGUUCUAGUACUGCUAAUAGUGGUAGUAUUUUUGGCGGUAAUACACAGAAUACAUUUGGAUCCACUUCUUUCGGUUCUCCUUCAGGUUUUGGGCAGCAGCAAGCCACUUUUGGACAGAGCAGUGGCUUUGGCGGAAAUACGUCAUUUGGCAAUACUCAGCCAGGACCCUUCAGCGGUGGAGGAGUGGGAGUUGGACAGACUGGGUUCGGUUCACCAGGUAGUUUUCAGAAACAGUCUGGAGCCUUCGGAGCAGCACCUGUAUUUGGAGGUUCACCACAACCAUCUUUUGGAACGAGUCCUGGCGGCUUUGGAGCGACACCGGCUUUUGGUGGCGCUCCUGCUUUUGGAAGCCCUUCAAAGGUUUUUGGCGCUAGUCCGCCAGCUUCUUCAUUUGGUCAGUCAACCGGAAGUGCGAGUCCUGGUUUUGGAAAUUUAGCUACUCAAAAUACCGUUGGAUUUGGAAGUUUGGCCCAGCAGGCUGCUACUCCUACUUCACAAUUUUCAGGGGGCUCAUCAUUUUCAAGCUGGAGGUAA